AUGCAUAUUGCAAAAGUCUAAGAAAAAUAUGCACUCACAAGCCCUACGUGCAAAUGUGGUGUCUGAAGAAACAAAUAUGACUGAUAUGUAACUGUAUGUUUUGUCAACUGUCAAAAAAAGGACAAAGGGAAGAUAAUGAGGAACGUCUCACUAACAUCUCAUAAAGUGUCUAAGGAGAGGACAAAGGGAAGAUAAUGAGGAACGUCUCACUAACAUCUCAUAAAGUGUCUAAGGAGAGGACAAAGACGAGUUCAAACGAUAUUGAGGAUUGGUCCCAGUCGUUCAAAACAUCAAACAAUUCAGAUGUUUUCCAUCGAAAUCCACCGCCCAAAAGGGACCCGUAAAGCACAUAGAAUUACAUCAGAGAAAAAGAGGUAGAAGAGAGAAAGAGAGAGAGGGAAAAUUCUUGAGGUAUGAGAAAAUGUUACUUGCUCUCCUCCUCUCUCUCUCUCUCUCUCUCUCUCUCUCUUUCCUUCUCUCUCCCACUCUCCUAUCCCCCCUCCCUUUCUCUUGGUCAGUCAAAUCAGAGCUUUCCAAGAGCAGGGAGAGGGAGCUUUGGACUGACUGACUGACAGACAUUGGUCAGGGAGAAGGGUACAGUCUAUCCAGGGAAAUUCUUUGAGUCUUUGAAUAUCCUCCACUUUGAGGCAACGGUUCUACAGAUUCCCAUGAAUAAGACAACCUCUUGAUGAGAAAACCCCUUGACCUGUAGGCACCGCCACAGCAGAGAGUUAAUCCGUCUGCCCCGGGCCUUUCCUGGAAAACUGUCAUUUUUUGAAGUGAUCUACUCUCAGUUUCUCAUCAACCAACAAAGACAAUUGCCCUCCCCCUCCACCUGAAGGCAGCUUCCAGCCAAAAAUGCCUCUUGUCCCAUCCUUCCUCAUCCUGCUCCUCACCUGCCCUGCCCUCCUGACCCCAUCAGGUUCCCAGGGCCUGCAGCCUGGGGGUCAAAGGGCACCCAGGGACACAAAGCCAGGGGGUGGCGGGCAGCCAAUCAAAGUAGUGAUCUCUGAGGCGUGUGUUCAGGGGGACUCCAGUCAGACCCAGGGCAAGGAACUGGACCUUGAGCCUGGUUCUGCUCUAGUCCUUACCCAUCGGAUCCGACUGGUUCCGGGGUCAUGCGCAGGCGGGUGCGAGGCCGAGUUUGCUGCCCUGCGAGACCGUCUGGAGAGGCUGGAGAAGGAGGUGUCAUCAUUGAGGGAGAAGUGUGGAGGUCCAGAGGGGGGCUGCUGCACGUCCCAGCAGAGUAAAGGUGCAGAGUGCUACAUCAAGCCGGAAGGAGACGAGUGUCCUAAUGAGUGCAGUGACCAGGGACGCUGUGAAGAUGGCAAGUGUGUCUGCUUCCCAGGGUUCAGUGGGCCCGACUGCAGUUUGUCUGACUGCCCCGGCAACUGCAAUGACAAGGGGAAGUGUGUGAGCGGCCAGUGUGUGUGCGACCCAGGUUUCACAGGGCCAGACUGCUCUUCAGAGUCCUGUCCUGGAAACUGUAACAACAAGGGCCGAUGUGUGAACGGGCAGUGUGUGUGCGACCCAGGUUUCACAGGGCCAGACUGCUCUUCAGAGUCCUGUCCUGGAAACUGUAACAACAAGGGCCGAUGUGUGAACGGGCAGUGUGUGUGCGACUCAGGUUUCACGGGGCCAGACUGUUCUUCAGAGUCCUGUCCUGGAAACUGCAACAACAAGGGGCGAUGUGUGAACGGGCAGUGUGUGUGCGACCUAGGUUUCACAGGGCCAGACUGCUCUUCAGAGUCCUGUCCUGGAAACUGCAACAACAAGGGGCGAUGUGUGAACGGGCAGUGUGUGUGCGACUCAGGUUUCACAGGGCCAGACUGCUCCACCAAGGCAUGUCCUGGAAACUGCAAAAACGGGGGGAAAUGUGUGAACGGUAAGUGUGUGUGUGAUAGCGGUUUUACAGGCCCAGACUGUUCCACCAAGUCCUGCCCUGGCAACUGCAGCAACCGUGGAAAGUGUGUGAACGGCCAAUGUGUCUGCGAUAGCGGCUUUACGGGGCCGGACUGUUCCGCCAAAGCAUGUCCCAAUAACUGCAGCAACAAGGGAAGGUGCGUGAACGGGAAGUGCGUGUGUGAAGUGGGCUUCAGCGGACAGGACUGCGCCGCUAAGGGCUGUCCCAAUAACUGCAGCAACAAAGGGCGCUGCGUGAAGGGGAGGUGUGUGUGUCGCCGUGGUUUCGCCCCCCCGGACUGCAGCCAGUGUGAAGCUGGGUUCACUGGAGCUGACUGUGGCACCGCCAUGUCUGGUGUGUCCCAGCUCAACACCAAGGACAUCACUGAAUCCUCUGUUACCCUCUACUGGACACCACCUCCAGUCCAGUAUGACACCUACCACGUCACCUUCGCCAGCCAGAAAGAGGGCGAUCAACAGAUAACAUCUCAAGUUGGAGGGAAGCUCACGACCUACACCCAAACAGGACUGGCGGCCGGGCAGGAGUACACGGUGACAAUCAAGGGAGAAAUAAAUAGGAGAAUGGGCACCGAGAGCACAGUAGAAUUCACAACCCUUAUCUCUGGACCCACAAACCUUCGAGUUGUGAAGACAACCACAACAUCUGCAGUUGUCCAAUGGGAACAAUCGCAAGGACACGUCGACAGGUAUCGCUUAACUGUUGCACCCAAUCAGACAGACGGAACAGCCAAGGGAAGACAAGACCUGACCCUGCCCCCUGAGAGGGACUCUGCCCAGAUUGACGGUUUGGACCCGGGACAUUUGUAUGACAUCACACUAGUGGCUGAAAAGGGCGGGAUCAAGAGCAAGCCAACAACAGUCCAAGUCACUCCUGGUCCAGAGCCUCCCUCAGGUCUUGUCUUCAGUGAAGUGACUGAGACGUCUUUCUCCGUGUCCUGGACCAAGCCAAAAGGUCCCGUGAGUGGCUUCAAGGUCACCUACACUAACACACAGGAAGGGGAGCCUCUCUCCGCAACGGUGGACUCUGGGGAUUCCACUCUGGCACUGUCAAAGCUCUCUCCAGGGUCCUCCUAUGAGGUCAGUGUGAUAUCCGUCCUUGGACUGGACGAGAGCGAUGCAAUCAAAGACCUGGUUAUGACACUCCCUGACCCUCCGAGGGAUCUCCGGGCCAUUAAUGUCACAGACACCAAGGCCUUGCUGCUAUGGCGACCAGCACUGGCAACAGUCGACCGUUACGUCAUAGUUUAUGGCUCUGAAAAAGGGUCAGAUGAUGCCAAGAUCACUGUAUCGGGCAAUGCGGCGGAGCAGCAGCUGAAAGGCCUGCAGGGCUCCACUAGGUACACCGUCACAGUCACCAGUCAGCUGGGCAACCUGGACAGCUCUGCCGCCAUCACCGUCUUCACCACCACCGGUGGAUCCAGGGGAGACGGGGAAGUUCCGCGUGACCUGAAGGCCAGUCAGGUGACUCCUCGCUCAGCGCUGUUGACGUGGAAAGCACCCUCUGCCGCCGUGGGAAGCUACAAGCUGACCUAUCAAACGGAGGGACAGGAGUUGCAGGAGGUUACCAUUGACUCCACAGUAACAGAGUUCAAAUUGACCAGGCUGCAUCCCAUGUCCAAGUACACCGUGCAUCUACAGGGGGAGAGGGGAGGGAGCUAUACUGCUACAAUUUCCACUGAGUUCACCACAGGGAAUCUCCGAUACCCCUUCCCAAGUGACUGUUCCCAGGAGCUGCUAAACGGGAUACACGAGUCUGGAGAGGUGGAGAUCUUCCCCAGGGGAAGGCAGGGAAAACCAGUGUUGGUCUACUGCGACCAGGUGACUGAUGGAGGUGGCUGGACGGUUUUCCAGAGAAGGAUGGAUGGGAAAACGGACUUCUUCAGAGGCUGGAAAAACUACAGCAAAGGUUUUGGAGAACUGAGUGGGGAAUUUUGGCUGGGCAAUGAGAACCUACACAAUCUAACCAGCAUGGCACCAAUGACCCUACGUGUGGACCUCCGUGCAGGGGACGAAUCAGUGUUUGCCAAGUACUCUGCAUUCACAGUGGAUACUGUUAGAAGGAACUAUGCUCUCAAAGUGUCUGGGUACAGCGGUACAGCAGGUGACUCUAUGAGUUACCACAACGCGCGCAUGUUCUCUACCAGAGACAGAGACCCCGCGCCUUUCAUCACCCGCUGCGCCAUGUCCUACAGGGGGGGUUGGUGGUACAAGAACUGCCACGAGGCCAACCUUAAUGGCCUCUACGACACCAGUGUCAAUCACCAGGGUGUGAUCUGGACUGCCUGGAAAGGCAAGGACUUGUCCAUCCCUUUCACCGAGAUGAAGCUCCGACCAACAUCUUUCACCCCUCCAACUCAGGGAUAAUGACAAAGUGGUGGACGGAAAAUGAGAAGUGGGGAGAGGCACAGUUUAUGAACACACACACACACACAUCCAGGUAACUGCUGAAAUAAAGGAAACACCAACAUAAAGUGUCUCGAUAGGGCGUUGGGUCACCACGAGCCAG